CGGAAAAUGUGGUGAUUAUGCGUAGUUCGCAAAGAAUUUGAACAUGGCAGACGGAGCAGUGCAUGAAGAUUUCUUGAAGUUCACACUAGUCCAUGGGUCAAAUAAAUACCCGGUUGAAUUACAGACGGAUAGCAGCAAUGACGGACCCACAGUUGAAGAUUUAGCAAACCUUGCAGCUCGACUCACCGAUGUACCUAGAGGAUCACAGAGGCUCAUUUUUAAAGGGCAGUCAUUGACAGAUCUCAGUCAAUCACUAAAAUCUCUGAGAGUGAAGAAUGGAAGUAAAGUUAUGUUAAUUGGCAAAAAGUUUAAUCCUUUAGAAGAAGAGAAUAUGAAAGCUGUAUUAGCUGCUGAAAAGAAGGCUGAUGAUAUAGAGAAAAGACUUACUGAGAAUGUGGAAGAACUCCAAGGAGUAGAAAAGGGAUUUCUUCAAACUGAAUUAGUCAACCAGACCCUGGAUAAGCUAACAAGGAAAAUACAGGGAAUAACUGAGGACUUCAUGAAAACUCUUGAGAGUUUGGACUCCUUGCUCAUAGAUUCCAGCCUGCAACAAGCCAAGGCAAAAAAGAAAUCUCUUGUUCAACGAAUUCAGGUAAGUCUGAAAACAACUUCAGUAUAACAUAACAUUUGAUACAAUUUUUUCCACUUUUGAGGUCACAAAUUUGAGUUAUUGCUUGCAAUGCAAUAUGUAAUAUUGUAUAAUGCAAUUUAUCAUACACUGAAUUUACUAUGAACAAUUUGAUUGGUUAGGAUCAUUCAAUUAAUAUUCAGUAGUAUGUGAAGCAGACAGGUAUUGCAUUU